GAGGGGAGCGAUGGGCCGGGCUCGCCUCGAGGUGGAGUUUGCCACGACUAUAAAUGCAAUCCCUCUGCUCGUCUAGCGCCCCCUGCAAAGCUCACUCCCACCUCAACGUCUCUCUCCUUCACAGCCACACGAGUCGUGCCGCCCGCCAGCCUCGCCAUGUCUUUCAUCCGGGAGUUCAUGAUGCAGACAGUCUAUCUGGGCAUGCCCGAUGAGUCAGUCUUAAAGAACGAGGGCACAGUGAAGGCAGCACCCAACUUCAGCUCCAGCGGCGAUGCGGCCGUCUUGGACCAGGCCAUCAAGGCUAAAGGUGUGGAUGAGAACACCAUCAUUGAAAUACUGGUGAAGAGGAGCAAUGAGCAGAGGCAGCAAAUUAAAGAAGCUUACCAGCAAGCCAGCGGAAAGCCUCUGGAGGCAGCACUGAAGAAGGCGUUGAAGGGAGAUUUGGAGGAAGUGGUCAUGGCUCUGCUGAAAACACCGGCCCAAUACGAUGCCCAGCAGCUGAAGCUGGCCAUGAAGGGUUUGGGAACUGACGAGGACACGCUGGUCGAGAUUUUGGCCUCUCGAACCAACACGGAGAUUUUGGAAAUAAAGAAGGCCUACAAGGAAGAUUACAAAAAGGACCUGGAGGAAGACAUCAGAAGUGACACCAGCGGAGAGUUCAGAAAUGCACUCCUUUCACUCUGCAAGGCCAACCGCACAGAGGGAGUGUGCGAACAGCUGAUUGACAGCGACGCCAGGUCUCUGUAUGAGGCCGGAGAGGGGAGGAGAGGCAAAGACUGCUCCGUUUUCAUUGAAAUCCUCACUGUCAGGAGCGCCGCUCAUCUCCGUGAAGUGUUUCAGAGGUACUCAAAGUACAGCAAAGUGGACGUGGCCAAAGCAAUUGACCUGGAGAUGAAGGGUGAUAUUGAGAAUUGCCUAACAGCAGUAGUCAAGUGUGCUGGGAGCAGGCCUGCUUUCUUUGCUGAGAAGCUCUACUUGGCCAUGAAGGGAUCCGGAACGCGCAAAAACAUCCUUACCCGUACCAUGGUGAGCCGUGCCGAAAAAGACUUGAAACCAAUCAAGGCGGAGUACAAGAAGAAAUACGGCAAAACACUCUACCAGGACAUUCUGGACGACACUAAAGGAGACUACGAGAAGAUCCUGCUUGCUCUGUGCGGGAGUGAGAACUGAUUUCUCAUUUCCUGACGAUGACAAGGUCAUGCAACUGAAGGCUCGCCUCCAAGUCCAGCUGUGUAAAAUAACGCUGUCGUGACAUAGCAACAAAUAAUAACAGCAGUGAGAAAAGAUUUAUGCCAAAUCAGCAUUGCCUCAGCAGAUAUGUUUAGAAAAAAUAUGAAUUCUAAACCCAAAACACUUUUUGAGAUAGUCAAAAAAUGUGUUGUCUGGACAGUUAGAGCGUGACAGAACAGGCGCUUGAAAGAAAAGAGUCCAUUAUUGCAAAACUGCAACCAAAAUAUCCUCCUCAUGUGACAAUUAUACUGUAUACCGGUGCAACCGAAGGAGCUUCUGCAAAUAAAAGUGUUUUUUUUUUUUUAAA